AUGUCCAGCUCUGGCUCUGGCUUUGGUAGAAGGACUAUUCACCACAACGACCCGAACCGUUUCUUGGACGUCGUCAACGCUCGGUCUCCUCCUCGUACUGGUACUGGAGGAUCUAGAACAGCUUCACCCAGACUUGGACCGUCUUCCCCGAUCCCGAUUCCAAACGCGAUACCGAGACUGAGAGUGAGAGUGGGGAGAAGAGUUAGUUUCGAGGAGCCUUCUACCCCUCCGUCUGCUUUCGAGUAUUUCUCUUCUUCCUCUACCUCUUCUUCCUCCUCCUUCUCACCACCACCACCAACGUCAUCAUCAUACCUAUCCACCGCCUUCUCGUUUGACGACUCCGACAACUUCGACAUCCUCGGCAACGACGACGACGACGACCUGGCAUACACCAUCGCCGGUCCAAGCGGAGGAAGGGAGGAAAGAGGCAGGAUAAGGAUAAGGUCAAGGUCAAGAUCAAGAUCAAGGGAGCCCCAAGCAAACCAUCGCGUCACCAUCUACCACGGAGUUCGCCAUUUCUACCCCAACCGUAACCGUACGCCGUCACCACCUCCUCCUCCACCCGUUCCUCCACCGCCAGCCUUUCUAGGUUUCCGCCCAGUCGGCCGUGUCCGGUACUUGCCCGCUCCCAGACACGUCCCCGCUCCGAGACAGUUCCCCGCUCCAAGACUCACCAUCCGUCGAAUAAACCGCUCUCCAUCCCCUGCUCUUCUCCGGCCUUUUCAACGGGUACGGUUCCGGGAGGAGGAGGAGCAAGUUGAAGAAGAAGACGAAGACAGUGGGGAUAGAGUGCGUGAUAGGCUAAGGAUAGCUAUCAGGACUACAACCAGCAACGGGCGAGGAAGAAGGGAAUUUAGGAAUUUUGACGACGACGACGAGGACGAGGACGAUAGUACUUCUACCGUGACUACCGCAUACCAAGACGCAGACGAAAUGCCUAGGGCGGCGUGGGGGGUGUUGUUUGAUGCGGAUGAGAGGCCGACGGAGAGGUUGAGGGAGGUGUUGGCGGCUUUGGGGAGAUGGGUUGUCCGUGAGAUGCCCGGGGGGCGAUCGACCAUGCUGGACAGGGAAGAUCUCAUUAGCCCGAGGAGGAUGAGGAGGUUCUUUGAUCGGUAUUAUGUGACGGGACCAAGGGAGGAGGAGGAGUGGAGGUAUUGGGAUGUUUUCAGGAACGAGACCGGCGAUGAAUCGAUAACCCGGGUCCAAAGGCUUUACGACGAUCUCAACGCCGAAUACCGUCCUCGCACCCUGCCUCGAACCGCCGCCACUUUGCCUUCUCCAUGCCUCACGCCAAGAGGUUUCGCCGAGUUCCUGAUCAAGCUGAUCCUCAGCUACCCCGAAAGCCAGCAUCAGUUCCUCUCGCAUGUAUUUAGGAGUAAUCAGAUCACGGCGCCGAUGGACAACCUCAACAGGUGGGGAGCAAGAGGCGGAGAAGGAUUGCUACCGGGCCAUCUAGACAGAGAUCUAUUUCCAGAAUUCAUGGACACCGUGAUGGAAGCAAGAGUCAGGAGGGCUUUGAUGGCAGCUGAGUUCGGGACACCAGGACGGCCGGCAGGGAGAAGUGGCUCACUAGAGAGACUGAGGGAAGAAAGGGCACAAAGGCAGCGACAAGCUAACCAAGACAGAAUCCGUGAACGAAGGAGGGCCGAGUAUCAAGGAUAUCGACUAAGAGGCGGCGGCAGCGAUGGCGACGCUGACGCGGAGCGAGGACGAAGCAUGGAGCGACGUUCCUCAAGCCGAGUGGAAAUCCGGAGCACAUCCAGGGCCGCAUCACCUGGAGUCCAGCGAGUGACUGCGGUAGUCCGGUCUCGGUCCCGGUCCCAAUCUCGGUUAAGAUCCCAAUCUCGCCAUCGACCAUCAGACAAUCCCCAAACCUCAUCGUCAUCUCAAGACCGUGAACCCGACAAUCUCCACGUGCGCUUCACCUCCGAGACCAAACGUCCCAAGAGAAAGCGUCCGGCCGUUAAUCUCUCCUACAAGAGACCACCAACCCCCACGCCGGCCGUCACCAAAUGCCACACCAAGUUCGAAGAUUAUGGCUGUCUAUUCCCGCCGCAUCCAAUUCCAACCUCCUGCCAUCCACGACCACGACCCAAGACACCGGUUGCAAAAUGUAAGCCGCCAAAACCAAAGCCAACGACGUACUACCCCCGUCUCCCACCCGGCCACCCACCCAUCUCACUCCCAUCACCUCAUCCAGCUCCAGCAGCUCCAACAUGCCACCCUCCCGCCACCACUCAACAAGUCUGUCACUCCACCAAACCCAAACCCAAAGCCUGCACUUACAGACCCCGUCCCCGACCCGGUUGCAACACCGCCAAACCCUGUCGUCCCCGUCCAGAACGCAUCUACCGCGAAGUCCCCAUCUACCACGAGAUCCCCGUGCGCGAGAUCCGCGAAGUCGAAGUCGAAGUGCCUGUUCGCGUCGAAGUUCCCUAUGAAGUCCCGGUUAGAGUACCCGUCGAGGUGCCUGUAAGGGUCAACGUUCCGGCGCCGUAUCCGGUACCGCAGCCUUAUCCUGUUUAUCAUCAUCAGAAUUAUAAUGGCGGGUAUGGGGGACACGGAAGGUAUGGGGUGAGGGCUGAUGAGGGACCUUGGUAUCCAUUUAAGGCUGUUACUUGGCAGAGUGGUCCGCCUUUUUAGGUGAGGUUGUAGGUAUGGGAUAGGGGGAGAUGGAGGUGUUGGGUUUUGGAUCGCAGUGUAGGAAGUUUGGAUAGGGAGGAGGUGAGGGUCGUGAGGGGAAGUUGCCUGGCGCGUGCAGCCUGACACAACAGUGUCUGCCCCUCGGUUUGGUGGUGCUGUUUUCACUUGGCAGUAAAAGUAGGAAUAUUAAAGCAUCUGUUUGAAAGCAAACAACCCUGGUAACCCUGGUGAUUCCAACUUGUGUUCAAUGCUCACGAGUCAUGGAAAGUGUCGAAGGUCG